UUGACAAUUUAAAAACAAUGUUUUUCUGAUAUUUUGAUUAAAAAUGUACAAAGUGGUUAAUUUUUAGGGGUAGUAAUUUUUCGAAAGUAUGUGAUAAAGCACUGAAGUAAAUGUAUAAAAAUGUGACGUGAGUGUUAAAAUUCUUUCGGGGAUAUCAUUAUGAUAAGUGAUUAGACGGGUCACAAUGGAGGAACCUAGCAGUAGUCCAGGUUGUAUAACUUAAAAUAAAAAAGUCGCACAAGGACGCAAAACCAUGGAUGUGAGAACCGUGCUUUCUCUCCAGGUAGAUGCAUUAAACACCUUCUCGAAAAUGUGGUAUCAUGUAUUUCUAUGGGCCUUGUUGUCAUCGAUCAUAGUGCACACAAUUGCAGCUCUUAUUGCAUUUCUGACAUUACGGAAACACAAAUAUGGGAAAUAUUUUCCAAUAGCAAUACUUUUUAUGGGCGUCAUUACGCCUGCUGUGACUGGUAUCGUGAGCAGUGCUGCUAUAGCUUUUGUAUACAGAGCGUCAAGUUAUCCAAUGAAUCCAAUAUAUGCAAUGUUCUGGGGCUGUGGUCAAACAUUUAUCAUGGGCUGUAUGGGCUUUACAAGAAUUCUGGCAACACUUUAAUCACUGUGGCAAAGACUCACUUAGUGAUAUUUUCUAGGAACCUAAUUUUGGUAAAGUUUUGCUUAAAAUUUGCAGAGGUACAUUGUUUCCAUCUAAACUGAUCAUCAAAAAAUCUCUAGUACAUAAAUUAUAAUUUUCAAUUGAAAAGUAAAAUUUUACCAGCGAUUUUUUAAUAUAAAUGUGAUGGUGCUAUGAGCAUAUUUUAAUAGAUUUUAGAGUGAUCAAUUUUUUUAUUCCUUCCCUAAUUUAUUUGUAAAGAUUAUGUGAUUUAUGUAAAAAGGAACACAUUUUUUUAGAGUAGGUUUUGUUUGUAUAUAGGGCACUGUACAAAGGCUAGAUUAAGAUAUGAAAAUGAUACAUGCCUAAGUCAAUACAUGUAUAUUAUUUAUUAAUGAAUAAACCA